CAGCGGGGUAGAAGGGGGCGGGCUCCCAAUCCGGUUCCAUCCGGUUCUCCACCGCCCCCGCCGUGGGUCCCAGCAGCUCUGGCGGCGGGAGGAGCGGCAGCGGCCAAGCAGCAUAGCUCCGCGAGGCUCCCGUGCGCCGCGGCCCGCAGCUUCUGCACGCAGACCCCGCGACGCCAAGAUGCCCAAGAGGAAGGUCAGCUCCGCCGAAGGGGCGGCAAAGGAGGAGCCGAAGAGGAGAUCGGCGAGGUUGUCGGCUAAACCUGCUCCUGCAAAAGUGGAAACGAAGCCAAAAAAGACAGCGGGAAAGGAUAAAUCUUCUGACAAAAAAGUGCAAGCAAAAGGGAAAAGGGGACCAAAAGGAAAACAGGCUGAAGUGGCUAAUCAAGAACCUAAGGAAGAUUUACCCACGGAAAACGGAGAAACUAAAAACGAGGAGAGCGCAGCCUCUGAUGAAACGGAAGAGAAAGAAGCCAAGUCUGACUGAGCACACCGCAUCUUAUCAGUGCUCCCUGUCUCCCUUCUUGUACAAUCCAGAGGAAUAUUUUUAUCAACUAUUUUGUAAAUGCAAGUUUUUUAGUAGCUCUAGAAACAUUUUUGUAACAUCUUUUUUGGUUGUGCUAGUCCAGUUUGCCUAAUUUUGCUAAUGUGCUGUGAAAGAUCAAAAAUUUGAGUAUGUAGUGUAUAUGAUAAGAAAUUGUGAAUUGAUGAAACUUAAGUAACACUUCAUCAGCGUUCGAAGAUACUGGUACUUAAUCUUUUGAUGGAAAAUUUGCCUCCAAAUUUGAAGCUGGAAAGUCACUGGAAUAACUGAAAAAGAAACAAUACGUAGUUUUUUAGAUUUUUGGUACGUGUGUUAAAAAUUGUGUACAAAGUGAAGUGUCUGUACUGAUCCUCAACACAACCAAUAAAAUCUAAAAUGUGGAAGACA